CAGACACAAAAGUUUGUUCAUUACUAGAGAGUGUAGAUCCACUGAAGACACCUGAAGGUUAAAGCUUUAAGUCUUGAAGAUGAUAACCACCACAGUACAGUUUCAAACACUGUUCCGUCUGUAUCUCAUGAUGAUCCUCAUAACAAGUCAGACAACGGCCUUUAUGACUCUUUGGACAAAAUCUAAAAAGCAUCAGGACAUAACUCGUGAUGCAAUUCUACAGACAACAGCUGAUGUCUGCAAACUGCGAGCACUCAAUCAGGGACGAGAUUUUCUUCUGAAAUUCCCACUGACAGUAGACUCAGUGGCAGAAGCUUGUUUCUCAUCUCAUUUUGCCAAACACUUUCACAGGAGCAUCAACGAGAUAAAUCAUCACAAUGCCUGGGUUGACUUUUCGAAAAUGUUUAUCCCAAGUUACCAUUUUAACAGCGAGGAGUUUUUAUCUGGACGGGAUCUUAUUACUAAAGGAGUUUCUGCUGUCAAAUACAGUGUCAGGCAACAGAGCUAUCAAGCUGCUAGAGAGGCGCUUGGUAAAAUCCUACACACUUUGCAGGAUUUUUACAGUCAUAGUAACUGGAUUGAGCUGGGAAAGCGAGAACCGUAUUCCACCCUGAUUAAACCAGACACCCCGAUCAGCAACAUAGCAGAUUCAGAAACAUGCAGAAAAUGUACUGGUGACACCUGUACAGGAAACAUCCUGGAAGAGGUCAUUGAAAAGCAGAAACUAACAUCAGGAUACUAUGGCUUGUCCAAACCAAAAGGAAAGUGCAGUCAUGGAGGAUUACUUGAUAUAUCAAGUUGGUUUGAAGGUGGCAUAAAUAAGGAUACAGACAGCUCCCACCAUGGUUAUCUGCAUUAUGAGGCGGCAUCGGUAGCUACUGCUGCUACCAGAGAACUACUGGAAGAUAUCAGAGCAGCGAUUGGAGAUUCUGAAUUUCUUAGACUGAUGGGAUUCAGCCCGACAUUGUGUUUUGUUAUUGACACCACUGGCAGCAUGGGUGAUGACAUUGAUGAGGUCAGAAGAAAAGCUUUUUCUAUCAUUGACAGUAGAAUAGGCACAGCAGCUCCACCCUCAGAAUACAUCCUCGUGCCAUUUAAUGACCCUGAUUAUGGCCCACUAACAAGAACAACUGAUCUGAAUCAGUUUAAAGUGCAAAUUAAUGCACUUAGACCUCACGAUGGAGGAGAUGCCCCUGAAAUGUGUCUUUCAGGUCUCCAGCUUGCCCUCACUGGAUCUCUUCCACAGUCUGAGAUUUUUGUUUUCACUGAUGCUGAUGCAAAAGAUAAAUGGUUGACAAGCACUGUGCGAGUACUGAUUGAGAAAACAAAGUCUGUUGUGAACUUUAUGUUAACUAAUGGCUUUAGUCUUCGGCGUCGCAGAUCUGUCCAUCGCCAACAGCGAGCAUCCACUGGGCUAUCCACUCAGUUGAACCAGGUCUACCAUGAGCUGGCUCAGGCCUCUGGGGGUCAGGCUAUUGAGGUCACCAAAGCAACAUUGGGCCAAGUCACUGGCAUUAUUGCAAUUAUCUCCAGCCCUACACUGGUAACUCUCUUUCAGGCUGUAAGAAACCCAGGAGAUGCUGAAAUCUUCUCAGUCUUUGUGGAUUCUUCUUUGCAAAAUCUGACAAUUUACAUCACAGGCAACUCUCCAGUUUACACCAUCACUAGUCCCUCAGGAGUCUCACAGAACAGCACUAAACUGAAUGGGACUUUGGGGCUUAUUCAGAAGGUUGGUAACUUCCACAUAGUGCAACCAAAUAUUGCAGAGCAGGUUGGACUGUGGCUCUUCAGUAUUAAUUCCACACAGCCCUACAGCAUCAAAGUUAUUGGUCAAAGUGUUGUCGACUUCAUGUUCUACUUUGUAGAACUUUCCGAAGGGCUUCAUCCAAGCUAUGCUGUAUUAAACAGCCGGCCUACAGCAAACAAUAAUGUCACCCUGUUGGUGACCUUGGUCGGUGGAGACAGUGUGAAACUUACAGAGGUAUCUCUGGUUGAAGCCUCAAGUUUCAUCUCUUUUAAUGGGUCACUAGAAGAGGUAACUAGUGGGCAGUACUUUGUGACCUUCAACAGAGUCCCAGCAGGAGAGUUUACAGUUCGUGUGGUUGGACAGAUCAGUUCCUCAAGAUCUUCAAAUAACACCUUUCAGAGACAAUCACCAACUCAAUUCCAAACAUCAACUGUGAUCAUUACUACUCAACCAGUUGGAACAAUGGAACCAGGAAAACAAUUCACUCUCCCAUUCACAAUUGCAACCAAUGGCACUGGAGGAAUCUUUAACAUAAGUGCCAACAAUGAUCGCAAUUUUAAUACUCGCUUUAACACAUCUGUAACUCUCGUUAGUGGGGUCAGUGUGAAUGAUACAGUAACUCUCACUGUUCCUGAAAAUAUUACCUCUGGAACUGAUGUCACUGUGACAAUUGAAGCUAAAGCAGCUAAUGGAACUGACUCCAACUAUGCUGUGCUGCGCAUUGCUGUUAUUGCUCCGGUAAAAGAUUUUACUCCUCCCUUGUGUGAGGCAGUUAGUGUAAAGGCUAACUGUUCAGGCAACUGCAGCCUUUCCUCAUGGUAUCUCACUGCCAACGUGACUGAUGGAAAUGGGUCAGGAAUUCAGAGUGUGAGAACCCUCCAGGGAAACGGGAACCUCACCACCACCACUGUGCUCAGAGACACAGGUGUGAAUGUCACUAUGGUCAUCUACAAUGCCUCUUGCUGUUCCCAGAACCUGGAACUGGUUGCUGUGGAUAAAGCAGGAAAUGUUGCUACCUGUUUUAAUAUUGUAAAGGCUACAGAACCCACCAACCAAACCAGCACUAAUAGUGCUGAAUGUUGUUUGUGUUUGCCAGUCUUCAUUUGGCUCAAUGUCGGAGUAUCAUUUUACCAAUUAAUGCAGUUCUAAGAAUACAGAGAGUAAAAAAAUAUGUAAUGUAUUUAAACUUAAUUUAAGUCUAAACCCAGUUUAAAUACUGAAUGUAUUACUCUUUGAUUUGAGGGUCUAUUAUCAUUAUCAAAUAUCAGUGCAUAAACCAUAUGUGCUAAUCAUAUUAAAGAAACAAUUUUUG